AUGGUACUUCGGCUCCAUCACAGAUCCGUCGUUAAUAGCUACGCAUGUAAGUUUAUUCCAGUUGCAGUGGCGGUAAUUUUGAUAUUCUUCGUCAUUGUUCACGAUGACGCAGAGAUGAAAGACCCAUCCAGAAAUAACCAGAGAGGAAGCUCGGUGAUUCCAAAGUCUAGGAUGCGUGAUCGACAUGAUGGCGCGCCCAGUGACGACGUCAGGAAGUACAGUCUUUGCAAAGCUCUCUUUAGCCUCGAUAGUCCGGUAUCUGAAGAGAAAAUUGAAGCCAUUUAUUCAGGAAUGAUUCGUCCCAAUGGAGAUGUUUUUCACAGAAAGGAAGACGCGAAAGGAAGGGAAGAAGUGAAAGAUAUCUAUCGUAAGAUCGACGGCGUUUUAAGUAAGAUUCGAAAGUUGAAAUAUUCAGAGCCUGAACAUUUCUCCGGUGAGGACUACCAGCCUCUGGCUGAACUCUUACCUAGCGUUGCUGAAUACGAUUCAGCCUCUGAUUUUCGCACAUUUUUGAAUUCGCCGGAAGUCCGACGAGACCUGCCCGAAAUUCGGCAGCUGAAGAAGUGGGCCAAUUAUGAGGAGACGCCACCGGACCUUCUGAUCAUUGACUAUACUGCCUGGGUCCUUACCUUGCACACUGAUGAGACAGUUAUCCCACAAGCAGCCAGACACACCACUGACGUUUUGGAUGCUCUGCUGGAACUGCACGCAAAGGUAGUUCCCCUUCUGGACAAGAUAUCCAAGAGGACGAGGGUUCUGGUGCUGUCACAAAGUCGACUGAAACUAGAUGUGGAGAAUCUCCUCAUGAAUUACCGAGGUGCAAUGGCUGAUUUUAACAUGGACUGGAGUGAAGGCACAUUCUUGUACCUUCUGAAACACUAUCACCACCUGAACUUGAGGCCUUUGUUGGAAUCUCGCCGCGCUAAAGCAAAAGAAAUAUUGCGAAUCUCAGAAGAUUAUGUUAAAGAUUACAAAGCUUGGGAGUCUCAGUCUGCUGACAUGAAUUCAUCUGCUAUUUGGAAUUUUUUCCAAGGCGCAAAAAAGGCUGAAAACGAAUCUUCCUCGAGUUCAAACUUGUCGUAUUCAGCACAAUUGGAAAAUGGGUCGCCUGGGUCUGAUGCGGAGAUUUUUUCAAGAUAUCCUCGAGUCGCUCGGGAAAAGUUGAAGAAAACUGCCGAGACUACGCCAUUCCGUGAUUAUCUCAUCCCUUCGACAGAGGAUUCGGGACUGUGGUUUUGGGACGCCCUAAUUCCCUUGACCUUGGCUGAGAUUCGGGAAUGUCACGAAAUGAUCGACGAGAGAGGAUAUGCUGACCAGCCUUUCUACAAGGGCACUGCCCGGAGGUGUUAUGACCCAGUGCACUCAGGAGACAUCACCAAUAGUGACUUAGUUACGAUGAUGCUCAACCUCUUAUGCAAUACCGUUUUAGAAGCGGAAGGAGAUUAUUGCUGUUCAUGAAUAUUUUUUUUAGUUUACAUUUUACUUGUCUUCUUGACUAUCUGUAUUUCUCAUUUCUAAUGAUGGUUAGAGUGAUGCUAUUCACAAUUAGAGCAUAAUUAUUUAAAAAAAAUUUUCUGCACUUUUGAUUCCACCUUCCUAAACUGAAUGUUGAUCUGAAAGACAGAAAGUCAAAAAAAGCUUUCAA